CCAGGGAGGUGGAAGGCAGACCCGGAAAUGCUGUCGAGGUGGGCGCCGGGGAAGGGAGCCUGGCACAGCUCGCAGGGCGCAGGGUGAGACUUGUAGAGGAGGUGCAUGCCGCCCACCGGCGGCCUUCCAGCCCAAUUAGGAUUUGGGACCCUUUCCCCCUCCCUCCGGGCGUCAUCUGAGGCGCUCUGGGGAGGGCGAUGCCGAAACCUGAUCCUCCAGUUGGGGGGGGGGGGGCUCCGUUAAUGUUUAAUCGGAUCGGAUCGUCCAAUGGGGCUCGGGUGGUGUGAUCUCCGGCCCCCGGGCGUGGAUCACCCACACCCGACACGGUUCCCCGCGACGGGGCGGAGCCGCCCACCUCGGGGUACGAGCCCGGAGGAGUCGGCUUGGCCCAGGCUGCCCCUUCUCUGUGGCGCGCAGAACGCACGCAGCCCCGAGCCCCGAGUCGGAGCUCCCGCGCUUGCACGGUCUUCACACCGCCACACACUGGGUGCGGUCUCCGUGGACCGCGAGCAUCCUCUGGGUCUGGGCGGCAGGGCGCAGACCCCUCCUGUCACCCCGAUGGGCAACGGCGGCUCUGGGCGGCCGUGGUGGCCGCUGGCCCCGAUGCUGCUGCUGCUGCUGCUCCUGGGUCCUGCAGGUGCCCGUGCCCGUGCCCGGGAGGACGAGGACGGCGACUACGAGGAGCUGGCGUUCUCCUUCCCAUCCGAGGAGGAUGACCCGGCGAACACGGCGCAGCACGUGGCCUCCGCUACCUUCCACCGCUGCGCCAAGGAUUUCUGGAGGCUGCAGGGCACCUACGUGGUGGUGCUGAAGGAGGAGUGCAGCCGUGAGCAGACAGAGCGCACCGCCCGCCGCCUGCAGGCCCGGGCUGCCCGCUGUGGCUACUUCACCAAGGUCCUGCACCUCUUCCAUGACCUCUUCCCCGGCUUCCUGGUGAAGAUGAGCAGUGACCUGCUGGACCUGGCCCUGAAGUUGCCCCACGUCAAGUACAUUGAGGAGGACUCCUCCGUCUUUGCCCAGAAGCUUCCAUGGAACCUGGAGCGGAUUUUCCCUGUGCAGUACCAGGCGGAUGAGCACCGCCCGUCCAUGUCCACGAGGGCAGAUGGAAGUGGCCUCGUAGAGGUGUAUCUCUUAGACACAAGCAUCCGGAGUGGCCACCGGGAAAUCAAGGGCAAGGUCACGGUCACCGACUUCGAGAAUGUGCCUGAAGAGGAUGGAAUAGACUUCCAUAGACAGGAGAGCAAGUGUGACAGCCAUGGCACUCACCUGGCAGGGGUGGUCAGUGGCCGGGAUGCUGGCGUGGCCAAGGGCACCAGCCUGCGCAGUCUGCGCGUGCUCAACUGCCAAGGGAGGGGAGCGGUGAGCAGCAUUCUCAUGGGCCUGGAGUUUAUUCAGAAGAACCACCUGGCCCAGCCCACGGUGCCGCUGGUGGUGCUGCUGCCCCUGGCCGGUGGCUACAGCCGGGUCCUCAAUGCCGCCUGCCAGCGCUUGGUCAGGACAGGCAUAGUGUUGGUCGCUGCUGCCGGCAACUUCCGGGAAGAUGCCUGCCUCUACUCCCCAGCCUCUGCUCCCGAGGUCAUCACUGUUGGGGCUACCAAUGCCCAGGACCAGCCACUGACCCUGGAGACCUUGGGGACCAACUAUGGCCGCUGUGUGGACCUCUUCGCCCCAGGGGAGAAAAUCGUUGGUGCCGCCAGUGACUGCGACCCCUGCUUUAUGUUGCAGAGUGGGACAUCGCAGGCUGCCGCCCACGUGGCCGGCAUCGCAGCCAUGAUGCUGGCCUCCACGCCUGGGCUCUCCCCAGCCGAGCUAAGGCACAGGCUGAUCCACUUCUCUGACAAGGAUGUCAUCAAUGAGACCUGCUUCCCAGAGGACCAGCGGGUCCUGACCCCCAACCUGGUGGUUGCCCUGCCCCCCAGCACUGGCACAGCAGGCGGGCAGCUUUUCUGCAGGACCGUGUGGUCGGCGCACUCGGGGCCCAUGUGCAUGGCCACGGCCACGGCCCGCUGCGCCCCCGAUGAGGAGUUGUUGGGCUGCUCCAGUUUCUCCAGGAGCGGGAAGCGGCGGGGCGAGCGCAUCAAGGUCCGAGGGGGCAGGAGGGUAUGCCUGGCCCACAACGCGUUUGGGGGUGAGGGUGUCUACGCCAUUGCCAGGUGCUGCCUGCUGCCCCAGGCCAACUGCAGUGUCCACACGGCCCCACCAGCCAGGGCUGGCGGGGAGCUCCAUUGCCACCAGCCAGGCCACGUCCUCACAGGCUGCAGCUCUCACUGGGAGGCUGAGAGCCUUGGCACCCACAGGCAGCCAGCACCAAGGCCACAAGGUCAGCAUGCCCAGUGCGUAGGUCACAGGGAGGCCAGCAUCCACGCAUCCUGCUGCCAUGCCCCAGGCCUUGUGUGCAAGGUCAAAGAGAAGCACGGGAUCCCGGGCCCUGCAGAGCAGGUCAGCGUGGCCUGUGAGGAGGGCUGGACCCUGACGGGCUGCAACGCCCUCCCCGGGGCCUCCCUCGUGCUGGGAGCCUACGCUGUGGACAACACGUGCGUGGUGAAGAGCCGUGACGCCGGAACAGCAGGUGGCACCAGUGAGGAGCCCACCGGGGCCGUGGCCAUCUGCUGCCGGAUCAGGCCCUCCGGGGCCUAGCAGGACCUCCGGUGACAGCCCCAGCCCCGGAAGGCGCGGUGCGGAGCCCCUCCCACCGCAGGCCCUGCCCACCACGGGCUGGAGUCUGGCGCCCCCUUGGGAAAACCCCUGCGCUGGCUCGGCUCCUGCUGGCCACGCCCAGCGCGCCCGCAGCUGGGGCAGAACCACGUUUAUUGCGCCAGGCGAAGUCUCCCUGAGAGCAGUCCUCUUCCUGCGGGUGGGGCUGGGAGAGGCAGGUGCGCGGGAACCGUGCUGAUAGAGCCUCCUCGCCUGCUCAUUUCGCAAAAGCCUCUUCGGGCUCUGGGGUGGGGCCCGGGUGAGAUCCAGCCCCGUGAUAGGGGUGAGGCGUGGGCCAUUGCCAUGGCGACUCCAGCCGUCCUCGCUCUGUUCUGCUAACCUGAGGAUCAGCGGGCAGUGAGCUGACUUGUCAGCUGGCGGGGCAGGGCCACGGGGUGCGUGCACCUCCCCCGACCGCCCUGACCACCCCGCCAGAUAAAAACUUCAUCCCCAGAUAAAGUUCACGCCUCCAGGCAGUGCAGCCGUGCAGGCCCGCCCCUCGGAGGGCCGGCUCUGAGCCACGCUCUGCACCGCACGAGGCAUCCCGUUUUUAAGGGGAGCAGGGAGCCUGGGGGGCACAGGCGCCAGGCAGCUGCGCAGUAGCCGGAGCUGGGCCUCACGUGGAGGCCCCUGGGCACUGCUGUGGUCAUCCCAGCCCCGCCCCACCCGACCAAACAUCUUUGUGUUCUGCUCUCUGUCGCUUUCUUAGCAAGAAGCUUUUCUGGACCGGUUUCGCUUUUGCAACGUGAAGAUAUUUAUUCUUGGCUUUGUAGCAUUUUAAAAAUAAAAACAACUUUGUCAUGACUCUCACCUGGGCCUCACUGGCGGGCUGCGGCCUUGCUUACAGAAUGCUCCUGCGGGGUCUGCCGAAUGCUGGAGCAAACCGAGCACUUGCUGAGAACCUGGAAGUAUUCUGAGCACCAGCAGAUUUGUGGGGCUUCUCCUGUGCCUGUCCUAGGUACAAAAUGAACGCUUCCCCAUAGCCUCCCUCCGCCGCCCCAGCCAGUUCGGACGCCCACUCCCACCAUCCAUCAGCAGACUAGAAAAGGAACCCUAGUGCCAUUUAGCACCAGGCCAGCCAGCGGCCCACGGAACCUCCAACCCCGUGGCCCCAUUCUGAUGUAUACAGAAAAAUGCCAGGGAGACACCAACACGUUUUUGAAAAAUUUAUUUUAUACUCUGAGAAGCUAAGAACUCUGCCACGCACAAAUCAAAUUUAGAAUUCCGGUUCUUCCCUAGUUUACCUACUUCCUUUUGAAAUUUUAUAAACAAGAUUUUGUACACAAGAGGUAGCAGAGGACAAUUCCAGUCUGCUUGUUCCAAGCUCGAAAGGUAACUGCACACACCUUGAGGUUAGCAGGGAGGUGGGGGGCGGGCAGGCCAGGGUCAACCCUCACGUGUUUUCUCGCUCUCAGCGACCGCGGGAGUCCUCUGGGAGAGGCCCGGGGCGGGGGACGCCUCUGCCGGGCAGCACGGGCCAGCCGAAGGCCGGCUUCACUAGGGAGCUUCUUGCCGACACAACGCAUUGAGUCACUUGUGCAAUUCCUGCUCGAUUUGCAGACCAUUUUGAAAAUUUAUAAAAACAUCUUCAUCCAAAAAAUUGGCAGUAAAAAUGACAACUCUUCCAAGGUGAGCCUGUCCCUAGGUGCCGCUUCGUGGGACGUGAAGAAGGCGGCAUCAGUAGCCUGGCUGGCUGCAGCUCUCGGAAACCAGGUGGUGAGCUGCAAGCUGAAGCGAUGCGCGUUGCAGCGACGACACAGGCAAGGUGAAGCAAAGCACGUGCGUGCGGCGCUGACCGCGGGGGCCGGCGAGGACGGCGGAGGCGGGGCGGAAGGCGUCGUUUCCAUAGGAAAUAAGGGGACUUAGGAGUGACCGUUUCACUCCUGAAUUUGGGCUCCUGAGUGCAGCUGCCAGCGAUGACGCCCCAACACCUAUCAUUGCCGGCUUUUCAGUGUCACGGCCCUCACGGCCCUUCUGUGAGGACGGGUGCGGGCAGGAGGGUGGGGAGGGUCGCCGCAGCACACCAUGUCUGCAUGCUCUUGGUCGAUUCUAGAACCUGCACGAUGGCCACAACAGCAUCAGGCCUGCCAGGCGCCCCCACCGGUCCCGGCUCUGCUCUUCCACGCUGCCCUCCUCUUUUCCACGGGCGGCACAUAGCCGGCACCGCCCGCGGGGGCCCUGGGAAGCUGAAUGGUGAGAUGACCGGGUGGCUGGGUUGUGGAGUGCACGGCACUGCCAAGCCGUGCCGUCUGCCCUGCCACGUGUCCAUGCAGAACACAAAA